ACAUAUAUUUUUUAACUCAUAAUAAAGUUAAACUGCAAAUUUUUGUAUAACAAAAUAUUUAGUUUAAUAUUUUAAAAAUUGUUUGUGUAAAAAUUUCAUUGAAACAAAUUAAACAUAACCAACGAUAACAUGGAUGCAUUUAAAGUGCCAAAAAAAGUUAAUCGUCAUGUUCUCAAGGCGCUUAAUGUUUUAAGCAGCGAUAAAACGGAUAGUGAUGUGUCCACUUCAAUGAUAUUGAAUCAGGUUAAAUAUCAAAUGAGAAAUUUAGUACCCAUACCCAAUAUCAAUAUGGUUAUACGAAAAUCAUUAAAAAAUUUAAGUGAUAUUGGUUUGAUUGAUAGAACAGCACCUGGAAGAUUUGCCAUAGGUCGUUCAUAUGCACCGUCUACGGCGCCAAAACCUAACAAACCUAAAACAGUAAACCGUAGUAUAUUUAAGCCUAGUGGAUCUCGCAAAAGAAGUAAAUUGAAUCCUAAUUUCAAACGCACUCAAUUUGACAGUGAAGAGUCUUUGUCAGGCGAUGAAUACGAUCGCUCACGUAAACGUAUGCGUACCAACAACAAAAAACUAAAUUACUCUGGUCACAGCACAGAAUUGCCGAAAGCCCGACAACAUUUCCGUUUUAAAAACAUUGCUUUAGCAGAUCCCUUGACAAGACCUUCACCCCUCUAUAUGAGAGAUUAUGGGAAUGACAGUGGUUCGGACCAAAGUUUUGAAAAGGCCGUGUCUAUUGGCCCCACAAUGAGUUCGAAUACAGAUUUGAAUUUAGCAUAUAAUUCACCAACACAACCUUUAGAAAUUAAUGAAAUUCCAUGCGAAGACCAUGAAAAUAAUUUGAAGCAAAUGCCUAAUGAAUCCCCACUUAAAGUUGUAGAACUAUUUAAAAGCACGCGGAAUAGUUAUGAUAGUGUUGAGGCAGCAGGCACUAACUCAAAUACUCUUACGAAUACCCCGUUUACAGGCCAGCCAUCCAAGACGUGUAUUGUUUUUUCGUUUUUGCCUAGAAACGAAAAUACAAAAACCUCUGUUUCAGUUUCCAAAACCAUUUUCAUUUCAAAACAAGGCCAGCCAUCCAAGACGAGUGUUGUUGAUUCGAAUGUUUCCGGAAAAGAAAAAUCAAAAACUUCUGUUUCAACAUCAAAAUUCAAAACCAUUUCCAUUCCAGAACCAGGCCAACCAUCCAAGACGAGUGUUAUUGAUUCGAAUGUGUCUAGAAAAGAAAAAUCGAAAACCUCUGUUUCAGCUUCAAAAUUCAAAACGACUUCCUCUUAAAUACCAAUUUAGUUUAUUUUUAUUUUCGUUUUCAUUAUUGUUUAAUUAAGCUGUGUUUGUAUGUACUCCUUAUUAUAUUUUUAUAAAUAAAUUUAAUACAAAGUUCGUA